AGAAUACCCAGGUGCCUUAAGACAGUGAAGUAGGCAGUAGGCUGAAAAUGAUUAGUCGGUGCCGGUGAUUUGACUCGUCCGUUAGAAGCUGUGUCAACUGAAUUUGGUACACAAACUCAACUUUAACAAUGUCCUACGAUAUCAAAGGAAAAAUUGCCCUUAUUACUGGAGGGGCAGCUGGUAUAGGUUAUACUUAUUCUGUAGAAUUGCUGAAAAAUGGACUUGCGGGAGUUGUUAUCGCAGACUUAAAUGCGGACAAUGGAAAUCAAGCUAUAAAUACACUUAAUACGGAAUUUGGAGCAAAUAAGGCAGUAUUCAUAAAGACUGAUGUUACCAAAUUUGAUCAACUCGAGGCUGCAUUUAAACUUGCAAUCUCCACCUUUGGCACUUUAGAUAUUGUGAUAAACAAUGCAGGGAUUAUGAAUGAUGCCCAUUGGGAGCUGGAAAUAGCAAUCAAUUGCAAUGCCGUUGCUCAGGGAUCUCUAUUGGGAAUCAAAUACAUGGGCAAAAAUAAUGGAGGAAAAGGAGGAGUCAUAGUGAACAUCGCUUCAAUUCUAGGUCUUCAAGAACUGGCAGGAUGUCCAAUUUACGUCGGAACGAAACACUUCGUUGUUGGAUUGGACAGAUCGUUUGGAACCCCUUACUAUUACAACCUGACUGGAAUCAAAUUUGGAACUAUGUGUCCUGGUGUUACAGAUACUCCACUGAUUUCAGAGGCUGGAAAAUUCGCUCUUCAGGGUUAUCCAGACCUUGGAAGAGUUUUAGCUGAAGAACUAGGAUCCCUACCAAAACAACCGCCAGAAAAUGUUGCAAAGGGCCUAAUCACCCUGAUUACUAAGGGCGAAAACGGCAGUGUUUGGGUAUCAGAAGGUGGAGAACCAAUAUAUGAAGUGGCAAUUCCAGAAAGACAAACCCUCCGCAAAAACAACGCUGACAUAAAAUUCAAAAUUGUUAAUGUAAUAUCUAAAAAUUUUUGUGAAAUGGCUUUAUCCACAAAUUUUAGGCGUGCCAAUGAAUUUGCCGCCAGUGUCUACAGGUGCUUUUCAAAUGCAGCAGUAUGUACCAGCACACCACUUCUGAAGAGAGAUUACAGUGAAAAUACGAAACCAGCCCAAUGUAAGGUGGCACUCGUGACUGGAGGAGCGCGCGGUAUUGGUUACCACAUUUCUGACAGCCUACUAGAAGCUGGUGCAAAAGCUGUCGUAUUAGGGGAUAUUCUGGUUGAUGACCUAGAAGAGGCUACCUGUAGGCUUAAUGAGAAGUAUGGAGAAAACAGGGCUCUGUUUCAACCUUGCGACGUCACCAAAAAGGAGGAAAUGGAAAAAAUAUUUAAAUGCACCGCGGAAAAAUUUGGAAAACUCGACAUUGUUGUUAAUAAUGCUGGCGUUGCUGAAUCAGAGUGGGAUAAGGUGAUCAAUAUCAAUACGACUGGACUCGUCCUGGGAACUAUACUGGGCUUCCAACAUAUGGGCGCCCACAAAGGAGGCAGAGGUGGAUACAUUAUCAACGUGUCCUCGAUUCUGGGCCUGCAGCCGCUCUUCAGCAUGCCGGUGUACAGCGGCACCAAGUGGUUCGUCAUCGGAUUCACCAAAUCCAUGGGUUCCGAAUAUUUCCACAACUUGAGCAAGGUGAAAGUUAUGGCGGUGUGUCCCGGUGUCACGGACACAGAGAUCAUAAAGAAUGCGGGCAAAGCGACGUUGCCGACUUUCGACAAAUUGGACAAGGAGGCCGCUAAGAGUCUCGCGUCGUUGCCACCGCAAGGGCCUGAGGAGGUUGGUAGAAGCGUGAUCGAAAUGCUAAGGGAUGGUGAAAACGGCAGCGUUUGGGUGUCCGAAGCGUGCGAAACGUAUAAAACAGUCAUGCCCGACAGAUCAACAUUUAAGCCACCACCGCCAUGUGGCGGGCAUGGAAAGAAAAAGAAGGAUAAGCACAAAAAGAAAGCCUCGCCGGAAGACAGAAAGGUCUGCAAAAACUAUGAUAGCAAAGACCAAGAGAAGAAAGCCCAUAGCAAAAAUGAGGAUCAAUGCAAAAAAGACCAUAAACACGAUGAUACAUGCAAAAAGGAUGACGGCAAACACCAAGAGAAGAAAGUUCACAGCAAAGAUGAGGAUAAAUGCAAAAAAGACCACAAACAUAAUGAAAAAUGCAAAACUUAAUGUUAGUCGUCGUAUG